CGCCAUUUUGAUUCUCCCCAUUUCCUGUGAGAUCGCAGUGAACAUAUCUUGGUGGAGGGAGUGUAGUUUUUGAUUUCCAAAGGGAGGGUUACACAUUUCUGUCAGGUACUCUCCGCAACAUUGGUUAAACAUCAUUGACAAGGAAGACGGAGAUAUCGCUUUUGUCUCAGAUUAGGAAGCUGUUCAGACUGAGGGAUUUCAGAGGAACAUGGCGACCCAGUCUGAUCUGAUGGAGCUGGACAUGGCCAUGGAGCCGGACCGUAAGGCGGCAGUGAGCCACUGGCAGCAGCAGUCGUACCUGGACUCAGGCAUCCACUCCGGGGCCACCACCACCGCCCCCUCCCUGAGCGGCAAGGGCAACCCCGAGGAGGAAGACGUGGACAACCAGGUCCUGUACGAGUGGGAGCAGGGCUUCUCCCAGUCCUUCAGCCAGGACCAGGUCACAGCAGACAUUGACGGACAGUACGCCAUGACCCGGGCGCAGAGGGUGCGGGCGGCCAUGUUCCCGGAGACGCUGGACGAGGGCAUGCAGAUCCCCUCCACGCAGUUCGACGGGGCGCACCCCACCAACGUGCAGCGUCUGGCCGAGCCCUCCCAGAUGCUGAAGCACGCCGUGGUCAACCUCAUCAACUACCAGGACGACGCCGAGCUGGCCACACGCGCUAUACCUGAGCUCACCAAGCUGCUCAACGACGAGGACCAGGUGGUGGUGAACAAGGCGGCGGUGAUGGUGCACCAGCUGUCCAAGAAGGAGGCGUCCCGCCACGCCAUCAUGCGCUCGCCCCAGAUGGUGUCGGCCAUCGUGCGCACCAUGCAGAACACCAACGACGUGGAGACGGCCCGCUGCACCGCCGGCACCCUGCACAACCUGUCCCACCACCGCGAGGGCCUGCUCGCCAUCUUCAAGUCCGGCGGCAUCCCCGCCCUCGUCAAAAUGCUGGGGUCUCCAGUGGACUCGGUGCUGUUCUACGCCAUCACCACCCUGCACAAUCUCCUGCUGCACCAGGAGGGAGCCAAAAUGGCCGUGCGCCUGGCAGGGGGCCUGCAGAAAAUGGUGGCCCUGCUCAACAAGACCAACGUCAAAUUCCUGGCCAUCACCACGGACUGUCUACAGAUCCUGGCCUACGGCAACCAGGAGAGCAAACUCAUCAUCCUGGCCAGCGGCGGGCCCCAGGCUCUGGUGAACAUCAUGAGGACCUACACGUACGAGAAGCUGCUGUGGACCACCAGCCGAGUGCUCAAAGUGCUGUCUGUGUGCUCCAGUAACAAGCCUGCCAUUGUAGAGGCUGGUGGAAUGCAGGCUUUAGGACUGCACCUCACAGACCCCAGCCAGCGGCUUGUGCAGAACUGCCUGUGGACCCUCAGAAACCUGUCAGAUGCCGCCACCAAGCAGGAGGGCAUGGAGGGGCUCCUGGGCACCCUGGUGCAGCUGCUGGGCUCGGACGACAUCAACGUGGUGACGUGCGCCGCGGGCAUCCUGUCCAACCUCACCUGCAACAACUACAAGAACAAGAUGAUGGUGUGCCAGGUGGGCGGCAUCGAGGCGCUGGUGCGCACCGUGCUGAGGGCCGGCGACCGCGAAGACAUCACCGAGCCCGCCGUCUGCGCCCUGCGCCACCUCACCAGCCGGCACCAGGACGCCGAGAUGGCCCAGAAUGCCGUGCGGCUGCACUACGGCCUGCCCGUGGUGGUGAAGCUCCUGCACCCGCCUUCCCACUGGCCUCUGAUCAAGGCGACGGUGGGUUUGAUCAGGAACCUGGCGCUGUGCCCGGCCAAUCACGCCCCUCUGCGGGAGCAGGGAGCCAUCCCCCGGCUGGUGCAGCUGCUGGUGAGGGCGCACCAGGACACCCAGAGACGCACCUCCAUGGGCGGCACGCAGCAGCAGUUUGUGGAGGGGGUCCGUAUGGAGGAGAUCGUGGAGGGCUGCACGGGGGCCCUGCACAUUCUGGCCCGGGACGUCCACAACAGGAUCGUGAUCCGAGGCCUCAACACCAUCCCGCUCUUCGUGCAGCUGCUGUACUCGCCCAUAGAGAACAUCCAGCGCGUGGCGGCCGGCGUGCUGUGUGAGCUGGCCCAGGACAAGGAGGCGGCCGAGGCCAUCGAGGCCGAGGGGGCCACCGCCCCGCUCACCGAGCUGCUGCACUCCCGCAACGAGGGCGUGGCCACGUAUGCGGCCGCCGUGCUCUUCCGCAUGUCUGAGGACAAGCCCCAGGACUACAAGAAGCGCCUCUCUGUGGAGCUCACCAGCUCCCUCUUCAGGACGGAGCCCAUGACCUGGAACGAGACCGGAGAUCUCGGCCUGGACAUCGGUGCGCAGGGAGAGCCGCUCGGGUUCCGACAGGACGACCCCAGCUACCGCUCCUUCCACUCGGCCGGGUACGGCCAGGAGGGCAUGGGUCUGGAGCCCAUGAUGGACCACGACAUGGGCCACCACCCCGGAGCGGAGUACCCCGUGGACGGCCUGCCCGACCUGGGCCACGCCCAGGACCUGAUCGAGGGCCUGCCCCCAGGGGACAGCAAUCAGUUGGCCUGGUUCGACACCGAUCUGUAAAUAUCUACUUUUUAGCUGUAUCGUCUGAAUGAACCUGCGUUGUGAUUGGCCGGUAGAGUUGCAGAGCGUUGCGGAGAGGGGGUGGGCUGGUAUCUCGGAAAGUGCCUGACACACUAACACAAGCUGAGUUUCCUAUGGGAACAAGUUGAAGUAAAACUUUUUGUUCUGGUUCCUGUUGGUUGGAGAUAAAACUGCGAAGGAAAAAUUUGAGCGGAUACAUAAAGGAAGAAUGCACAAGAGGAGGAUCUAAAGGUGGAAUCUCAAACCCUAGCCUUGCCUGUCUAUUUUUUAUUACAUUUUAUUUUUAUGAUUCUUCAAUCACUGUAAUGGUACAGAUCUUAGCUUGCUUUGAAAUGAUACUCUAGUCUCUCUCUUUUUUUCUUUUUUGGCAGUAAUUUGUAUUCCUUUUAAGUCUCUCGUAGUGUUAAGUUAUAGUGCUAAUGCUCCAUCAGUUUCUAAAAUUUUAAUCAAUGGUGUAGAACACUAAUAAUGGGUUGAACUGUAUUCUGAAUAAAGUGUAACAUUGUGUAGCUUUUGUAUAAAACCCAGAAUUGGAGAAGGUCCAGUAUUUUAAAUGAUGUAAUGGAAACUUGUUUCCUGUGUCAUCAGCGAUCCAAAAGGGUGGGGGCGGGUGAGGGUGCAUCAUGGGGGUGGGGGUUGAAAUUAUAAUUUUUCUUUUUGUUUUUCUUUUUGCAAUUACAGGUAGUUAAGAAACCCUUGAGUUGUAGCCUGCUGUGCUUAUUGGAAACAUGGUUAUGACAUGGCUAAACAAUAAAAUGGACUUUUAUUUCA